AUUGGAAAAUAUUGUGCAAUGAGGAAAAGGAGGAGAAAACUGAGGCAGUAUAAAACAAGUAAUGCUGGGAAAUUAUAUAAAGUUGCUGGAAACACCCUGGGGACUUACCAGAAGAUAGCAUAAAGGUGAUAACUCCAAGGGUGUAACCGGUCUCUCGCCUCGUUUGCCUUUUACGGUGAGCACGGAAGUGACGUUGCCAGGUAGAGAGAGAAAAGAAGGAAGCAGUUCAGAAGGAAGCAAGGUGUGGCUUUCUGUCGAUAUAAUCACUGACUUUAGCGUAAAGUCCAUCAAGAAAAAUCAACAAGUCACACAGUACUGUUGGGACGCCGACGAAGGGAAGCUGCCAAUAGACACAACUUCAUCACUUCACCUCUCAGCAUGGCGUCGGAAAAAUCCAACAGGAAAGUGUCCACUGUCUUCAUCACCUUGGCAACUCCUCACCAAACCAAGGUACAGCAAAAAGAUGGGACCAAAAAGGGCUGGGUACAUGUCGGGCCUUCCCGAAAGAGCACGGGAUCUCUCACCUCAACAUCCGAUGAGAUUUCCCAAAAGACCUCGUCAUCUGCGAGCCGUGCAUCUGUCCAAUCGGGACACGACAUGAGAACGCAGGGGGAAAAUCAAGACAGGGAUCUUGCCGGUUCAACUGAUGUCUUCUCACCUCCUUCUCCUUCUCCACUUCUUCCACUUUCUCCUCCUCCUGAGCUGCAUUCAUAUCCCCCAAAACCGCACCCCACACCAUCACCUCUUUCUGUCCAAAAACCUUUCUCAAGACCUCCGAUUUCACCCCAGUCGCCACAUCCCAAAAAACAGGUGGAAAAACAAGCCUCAUCUAAUGGAAUGACUACAAAUAAACAGCCAAAUGGGAUCAAGAAGGACAAGCCCAGUGAGAGCAGAGGCUUGUGUGGAUUCUGUCAGAAGCCCAUACUUUUUUCAGAACCAGCUUCGACUGCUUUGAAGAGGAUUUACCAUAAAAGCUGCUUCAAGUGCAAGACUUGUAGUUGCCUUCUGGCUGGAAAAACCUUCUACCACGAAGCAGAAGUUCCGGAAUGUGAAGAGUGCCAUGAGAAAACUCUUGAACGUUGUUGGUCUUGUGGACAAAAGAUAAGAGAGAGACAAGUUCGGGCACUCCAACGAGUGUACCAUCCUACUUGUUUUACCUGUGUGACAUGUAAACAGCAACUUGAAAAUUUCAUACAGGUGGAUACUGGAGAACUCUACUGUCAACUGGACUAUGCCAGGAAGUUUGCUAAGAAGUGCAGUGCCUGCCAUGAGCUAAUUAUGGGCAGUGAUGGGAAUUUGCCAGAGCAUAUUGAAAGCGAGGGACGCAUCUUCCACAAAGAGUGCUACAGAUGUGAGGUUUGUAACGUCAAGUUCUCUGUGGGGAAAGACGAUGGUGUUGGCUGCUUUACCAAGGAUGGGAAAAGGCUUUGUCGCUCUUGCUGUUCGUAACAUGGAGUAACGACAAGAUAAGAUCGCUGGGCUCACUAUCGACGAAGAAACCAAAACCACAGAAAGGAUGAAACAUACAAGUGGAUGAAAUGAUUUAAAUGCUUUGUUUAUUCGCCAGACUGUUUUAGUGUGCACACGGACGGCGUGGGAAUCUCUGAAUAACUAACGAUGCAAUAUUUUUCUUUAUUGCCAAUAAUAUCAUAACACUGGGUGAUAAUUUAGAUGUUUCAUUUUAAACGGCCACCGUGUAAUUACUAUGUAAUAGAAUAUGUAUUAUUGACCGUUUAAUUACCCAGUCAGAAUUCUGUGACUCACAUCCUAUUGCAAAAUCUAAAUCAUUAUCAAGUACUUGUACAGCUAUAAUAUAAAUAUUUGAUACUUGUGUAUACUGUAAGAGAAAAUAAGAGACUGGAUGUAUUUUUCUUUAAUGAAUGUGCACCUUUGCCAAAAAUA